GAGCCCGGACAGCGGCAGAGAGCAAGGAGCAGCUCCGCAGUGACAUCCUGCCUAUAGCCUCCAGCGCCAUCGUCCCCCCACCAGCACCCAACAAGUGGUCUCCUGUCAGCGGCCGGUGAGCUGCGAGCAUUAUCUGGACGCUGUGGGCAAGAUGGUGGUUGCAGCGCGCGUAGACUGUGUUGUUGCAGCGGUCACCCUGUUGCACAGCCUGCAGGUGGGCCUGGCAGCUGUGGGUGUGGGAGGACACCACGACACCUGGGUACGAAACGACUUGCCUUCCCCCUACAGACGACCCCCGAGCUGGGUGUGGCCCAGCCACGAGGCUGGGAGGAGGAAGGCUGCCUUCACCAGACCCUGGGUGGACGCUACACCAAACAGCGCUUUCCCGCCCCGCCCGCCACACCCACCCCGCGCCCUCCACACCCUGACGACUCCAUUCAACCACAACAACUUCAUCACAGAUGGAGAAGACUACGAGGACGAGGACGCCACACACAUGUUCUGGCUGCCACAGUCUGGUCGGCCCUACACGUCUCCACAACACUCCGCCUCCCUGCAGGGCCUCCAGCACCUCCUGGAGGAUGAGGUCAGACCAGGACACCCUCCCGUCAAGGCCAAUCGACUGCGUCUUGAGGCUGACCAAACCCUCGAAGACAACCUAGCCAGCCCCCAAGGACAGCUCCCACAGCCCUUGGGGCGAGGACUGAACUCUUUCAGAAAUAACCUAAACACCCAGACUCCUGGCCGCGAUACCUACAGUGGCCAGUUGCCAGUUAUUAACUACAACUUUCAACGGGAAUCGAAUCUCAGAAAUGACUUACUUCGCAACAGCCAUUCACUGCCAGCUACGUGGCAACGUUUUACUGGCUCUCAGCAGUCACCUGAUUUCCUGGUGAGCAACACUGCUCAAUUUCCUCAAGAUUUUGAUCGUCCAAACAAGUUUUCCAAAGAGUUGCCACCGUCAGACCAGUAUUUACAAACGUUUCCGGAAGAAGAACCUCUCCAAACCAAUUUCUUCGACGAAGACCAUUUGCCGAGAAGUUUCGGGGGUCCUGAUGUCACAAGCGAACUGGACGACGAGGACUUCCAGGAUCAAAUGACAAUCCCUGAGCACUUCAUGGAGCCCCACACGCUACAGGAGCUCAGCCACCAACAGCCUUUCCUCGACCAAGAACCCGUAGGAGGCGCACAUAGCUUCCCUGUCCAGCAAUCUUCAGAUCUUUCCCUCCCGGACGGGCAUAGUUGGAUCCCGUCAUCGCUAUCUGGACUAAAUUUACCAUCGUCUAAGGACGUCAUCUCCGUUUUCACUAAUCCUGAACUGACCAAGGAAGGCCAACGAGGUAGUAGGAUAAUCAGAGCUACAGUGUCACUCUCAGAAGCGUGCCACGCCCGCAACCUGCACACCUGCGGCAGCAGAGUCAUCCGCGAGUUCAACCACGAACGCGCUCACGCCGAGACCUGCACCAUCAGGGAGGAGUUCUUGGACUGCAUGGAGCAUCGGAGGGACGAGCCGUGCCGCCCGAGUGGCGUUACCUUCAGUAGGAGCGAGACCAAGCUGAUUAGAGACAAGAUCAAGUUACUGCUGUGGUCAGCGCGGGGCUGUAUUCUCGGACUCUCAGCUUAGCCUUCUGUCUCCCUCUAUAAUAUCCUGUCUCUCCGUCUGGCUUUCUGUCGCCCCCCGUAAUGUUCUGUCUCUCCCUCUGGCCCUCUGUCUACCUACAAUAUCUGUAUAGCCACUCCGUGUUCUCUUGUCUCCCAACACCGUCCUUGUGCCCUUCCGCCUGCUUGAAGACAUGAUGUUUGGUCAUCACCCCCGGAAGUCGUUCAUGUUUAUCUAAUGUAAAGGUGAUGAUAACUAAGGGUCCUGACGCUCCCGGAGUGUGUGUAGCUUGAGCUCCGUAACCUAUCACCCCAUCAAUUAAUACCGGAAUCAGCAAUGUAGGCUUCCAAUUGGGCGUGUUAACUACCUUACCCUUGUCUCCUGAAUAUUGCAAUCGUUGUGUGAAGGUCGCCGUGGCUCAGAUGCGCUCGGCUCUUCUGUUAGAACUACUCAGAGGCCAUAAGAAGUCCCGCGGAUAAACUGCCACCGUUAAAAUUACCUGAAAGGCAUUCUUGGGGCAGGACAAAUGUCAAGAGUGAUUAGUACAGGGAAUGAACAUGUUGAAAGACCACCUGCGGUCGGGACAAACACUUCCCACAGUGUCAUAGACGGAGAGGUUCAACAUCUUUCACACCUUGAGGUUAUCUUGAGGUUAUCUUGAGAUGAUUUCGGGGCUUUAGUGUCCCUGCGGCCCGGUCCUCGACCAGGCCUCCACCUCCAGGAAGCAGCCUGUGACAGCUGAUUAAUACCCAGGUACC